AUGAAAAAAUUUAAAGACUGGCAGUAUUUCCAGCUGGAAAUGAUCAUCGAGAGUGAGGAACCCGAUGAUAUACACCGUAUUGAUUUGAUGACUUGGAAGCGGUGGCUCAAUCACGCAUUGAAGCGGACCCAUGGGCUUUUUGGAGAAGCAAUAGAGUAUACAAUUCUGAAUCAAGAAGAUAAAAUAGCUUACAUCCAAGUAGGAUUUCAAGACAAAGACGUAUUUUCAACUGCAACCAGUACAUAUAUAUCAAAUAGCGAGCUUCUAGGGGCACCUGCGGUUGUGCGCAUUGAACAGGAAACUCCAGAUUUGAAGAAACUUGAAGUGACUGAAGAUGAUCUCAUUUGGUACAAACGUGUCACGGAAGAGGAAGGUGAAAAUGCAACAAUUAGUAAGACAUGA